CAUCGAUUUUCCAUCGAUUCGCCAACAACACAACAAAUUUUUGGUUUUUUCUCUGGAGAAAAAUCGCGGAAAAAGUGCAAAAAAUGGACGGAUCAAAAGCAGGAAAUGAGCUAUUUCUCGUGAGAAAUCAUUUCUACUUGGGUAAUUACCAGGAAUGUAUCAAUCAUGUGCAGAAAAUCAAGACAGCCUCCUUGGAGAAGGAUAUGUUCCUGUAUCGUUCGUACAUUGGACAGAAACAGUAUGGAAUUGUCCUGGAUGAGGUGAAGAAGGACAGUGAAUUAUAUCCCAUUCGCUUGGUGGCUGAGUAUUUCACGCAAAUCGACAGAAGACCAGCAAUUCUUCAGCAAGUUGAUGAUUUUGUGGACAAGAACAGGGGUUCAAUGGAUCCCAUCUGGAUUGUUGCUGCUGGAACUAUUUACUUCCAAGAAGGUAUGUAUGAGAACUGCUUGAGUAUUGCUGGAGAGGACCUCGAAUCCCUUGCUCUGAGUAUCCAGUGCCUCCUGAAGCUCAAUCGUGUGGACAUGGCCAGGAAGACCUAUGAGACCAUGCAGAAGACAGAUGAAGAUGCCACCCUCACCCAGCUGGCAUUGGCGUGGAUUUUCAUGGAAGUUGGCGGGGAGAAACUUCAGGAUGCCUUUUAUAUCUUCCAAGAAUUUUCCGACAAGUAUUCUCCGACUGUGCCUCUCCUGAACGGUCAGGCUGUCUGCCUGAUUGGACAGGAGAAGUAUGAGGAGGCAGAAUCCACACUCCGAGAGGCCCUCAACAGAGAUCCCAAUAACUACGACACUCUCAUCAAUCUCAUGGCUCUGGCGCAGCAACAGGAGACCGGAUGGGAAAUUCCUCAGAGGUACUUGACACAGCUGCGGGAAAACUACCGAGACUCCACCUUCAUCCGGGAAUACACGAAGAAAGAGACGGACUUUGAGACCCUCUCCCUCCAGUACGCCCCUUCAAAAUCCCUGGACCUCGAGGCAUUUUGAGCAUCAUUCCGCAAUUAAACGAAAAAAAAAUAAAUAAAUAAAUGUAAUUUUGAAAA